UUCCAAAAGUGUCAUAUAUGUAUAAGGCAUAUAUGACUGGCAAAUUGAAUGAAGUAAUUAAAGACAAGACCUCUGGACCUUCAGAUGAUGAUUUAUUUUGUGCUAUUCAUAAGGGGUACCAACAGGCUUGGGAUUUUGCAAAAGUUCUUUCAAUGAAUGAUUUUUCAGAUUUUUUUAUUAAUAAUUCGUCCCAAAGCAAUGAGGUUUUCGAUUCUUAUACAAUUGCCAUGGUAGCAAAUGUUUUAGCAGAUUUUAAUAUGUUAAAUCUUUGUAAUGAUGAUAUUGAAAAUGAUUUAAGAGAUGCACAUUUUGAAUUGGCUUUUUUGUUAUCAGAUAUGAAUUCUUUAGAUGAUCAGAACUUUUUAGAUAAUCAAAAUUUAGAGACACAUGAAAACUUUUAUACUGGUGUUACAAAAGCAGAAAUUUUGGAUGUUUCUUAUCUAGAUUUUAGUCAUAUAAAUUCUAUUUGUCCAAACAUGAAAAAUCAUAGUCGCUUGUCUGUAUUAUCAAAUAUGAAUAAGAAAGUUGAUUUAAGUGGAAUAACUAUUGCUAAUAUCAGAGAACAUAAUUCUCUUCGCAGACAUGGUUAUGG